AUGCCUCAGGGAGCGGCGAUGAAACGGCCUGCUCGGCAGCAGCCCGGCCUCGCCUGUGAAGAGUGUCGACGACGAAAGGCCCGAUGUGAUCGCGCGCAGCCCCAGUGCGGAGCGUGUAUGAUGACCGGGCGUGUCUGCAUCGUCAAUCACAAUCGCCAUAGACGGGGGCCGAAGAAGGGCCAACUCAAGGCGUUGUAUUCCCGACUCGAAGUCCUGGAAGAGCAGUUGGUCGUGCAAGUCGAGAACCUGCCAGCGAAUACAGGCCCUAUCCAAGAAUCCCAUACACGAACCUCCAGCUCAAGUCAGGCCUCCCUCCCAGACGAAGACCAUGAUGCUCCUCACGAACUGCCGUCAAGCUCCUCCUUUGAAACCGAUCCCAUCCUAUCAUCCCCAACCGGAGACCGCCAUCGCCCAUCAACAUUCCAUCCCAUCGAGCCCAUCCCCUUUCACCCUCCAAUCCCAGCCCGCCUCGAUGUAGUCCACGCCGACCUAGAUCAGUUAUACUUUGACCGCGUGCACCCCAUCGCCCCAUUCCUCCACCAGCGGCGGUACUUCACCUGGGUAAGCUACGAAGCCCCCUCUCUGGCACGCUCAUGUCUCCGCUCCGCAAUGUGCACAAUCGCCGCCGCCAUGUCCGCGCAGUUCCGCUCCCUCUCAGACUUCCUAUACGCCGAAACCCGCAGCAUCCUCGCCCGCCUCGACGGCACCGAGCGCUCGCCGCCGUCGCCUUCGCUCGAGCAGAUCCAGGCGCUCCUUCUCCUCGCGCAUUAUGAGCUCUUGCGCAUAGAUGAGGGGACGGCGAUGGUUACGGCGAGGAGGUGUUUUCGGUUAAUUCAGUUGGCGAGGUUGGGGGAGGCGGAUGCAAUUGAAGGCGAGGGAGUCCCGGGGCAGCUGGCGGCGGUGGGAAUGGGUGGGACGGGAUGGAAUGAGGCGUUUGCGGUUGCGGAGGAGAGGAAGCGGACGUUCUGGGUUGCGUAUUGCUUCGAUCGGUUUCUGAGUAGUCGGCGCGAGUGGCCGCUGACGCUUCAGGAGGAUGCGAUUCGCACCCACCUUCCAUACUCGGAACAGACCUUUCAGACAACGCCCCUCCCCUUUCUGACUCCCUCUCACCAAGGACUUCAAGCUCCUCCCCAGACGCAAACGCCCUCCCAACCACUAACCCUCCACGAAGCCAUCACCUCCAGCGGGCACACAACCAUCCCACCGUUCAGCGAAUGCAUAGUCCUCGCAACCCUCUACGGCCGCGCAAUGACGCUCCGGCGCAUUGCGAGUGUCCUACCAUCCUCCGAAACAAGCGUAUUCUGGUCCCGCCACAAAUUGCUUUCAACGUCGAUUGAAAAGCGCACGCAGCUGCUGGCAAGGAAUCUGGCGAGCCCGAAUAUUCUUGUCGACCCGAUGGUGGCGUUUACGCACGUGCUUGCGCGCGCGACGGUUGUUUAUUUGGGCGAGGUUGCGGACGUUGUUGGGGGCGCAGGAACAGGGACUGGGACAGGGGUUGGCGGCGGAAUGGGAACUACUGGAGGAGCUGAGGCGGAAUGGAACGCGUAUGGGCCUGGGACGAGGGAUAUACCGGGCUCUGGAGUCGGAAGCGAAGGGUCAGCGGCUACAUCCUCUGCGCAGAAGCUGGCGGCGGCAGCGUACACGCAACGAGCCUUCCAAGCAGCAAGGGAAGUCGUCCGGCUUGUUCAGGGGAUGAGGCCUGCCCACCCCUUCCUCCCAAAUCCAAUCUCCCGCGCAGCCCACUUCCUCAUUUCACACAGCCGCCUGACAGAGUGGGAAUGGGGACGAUCGACGAAUGAGACACGCCGCGAGGUAGAUGAGCUGUUGGGUGUCCUUCGGGAUUUGCAGGCUACGCACAAUCUGGCGAAAGAGUUGUUGGGCGAGAUGGAAGGGGCUCAAACUCGGAUGCAAACGACGGUGGGGAUGGUGAAUGGCUUGGGGACGGGGCUGGAAAAUAACCGACGCGGGGAGACUGCGUAUCGCCAUGGACGUAGCUAUAGUGAGAAUAUGAGAGGUGGGAUAUCAUAA